AUGACAAAUAUUAAUUUAGACAAGCCUCGUUAUGACCAGAGCACAUACCUCGGUCGUGCGAAGCACUUCCUACUUCUGACGAACCCAUUGAACGCUUUCGCCAGCAACUCAGAACUGGAGGAAGCUAAGCGCAUCGUCACUGAGUUCAGAAAAUCACGCAAGCUCCCACCAGGCUACGAUGAAGAUAAGCUAUGGGCGACGAAGUACCUUUAUGACAGCGCGUUCCAUCCGGAUACAGGGGAGAAAAUGUUUGUAUUGGGUCGAAUGGCAGCUCAAGCGCCGAUGAAUACCAUCAUCACUGGCUGUAUGAUAACAUUUUACAAGACGAACGCAGCAACGGCUUUCUGGCAGUGGGUUAAUCAGACAUUCAACGCUGUAGUCAACUACACAAAUAGAUCUGGAGACGCACCGUUACCUACCUCACAGUUGAUAGCGUCGUACUGCGCCGCUUGCGGAGGCGCUCUCACAACCGCUCUCUACCUCAACAGCAAAGUUAAGAACAUGAGCCCAAUCUACGCUCGCUUGGUGCCCUUCGCAGCUGUUUGCGGUGCCAACUUCAUUAAUAUACCGAUGAUGAGAAGCGGGGAAUUAUUAAACGGAACCCCAGUGUUCACAGCCGAUGGAACUCGAGUGGGGGAGUCUAAACGUGCAGCUAAGUACGGCAUUGGCUUGGUUUGCAUAUCUCGUGUGCUAAUGGCGUUGCCCGGAAUGACGGUGACGCCACUAAUCACGAGCUACGCAACAAAGCGCGGUCUGUUCUGCAAGCGGCCCGCCAUGGUGGUGCCCUUCCAGCUGUUCCUGGUGGGGCUGUGCGUGACCUUCGCCACGCCGCUCUGCUGCGCCAUCUUCGAGCAGCGCGCCUCGCUCUCCGUCGACAGCCUCGACCCCGACCUCAAGGAGCGUGUAAAGAAGAACUACCCCAAAGUAAAAGAAGUUUACUUCAACAAGGGUCUAUAAAUUGUGACCGCAAUAGUAAAUUUUAUAAUAAAAAAUUUGUAGCAGCAAUCGAUUCCGUUUUUUAGGUAGGAACGCAUUUAUUUAUUAGAAAAAAAAAUGCAUUUAAAUAACUGGCAACAAAACAUUCCUUUAUGUGAUUUGUAUACCUUAGAUCUGAAUAUUAUUUGGAGUGCUAUAUAUUUUAAAAUAUUUAUUUUUUAUAUUGUUAAUUUUAUAUGUUGUUUUUGGUUGUGUCGAUGUAAAAUAGGAAUUAUGUUUGUAUAACAUCAUAAGUGAGACAAAGCUCAAAGUCUAAUUUAGCAAUAAAAGCGAAAUUUGAUUUCAUUAUUUAUUAGCCAAUCGAGAGGUCAAUUAAGCUAAGAGAAAGCGACAAUAAGCAGCUGUUUUGUUUUGUUUGUUAGACAUAUAAAAUUUAUCUGUUAUAAAUAAAUGUACAAAAUAAAUGUUAUUAUUUAAAAA